AGCUCUUUAGCCAAGAUAGAGCCUGUGAAAAUUCAUAUGUGUUCAAAGAGUUGUAUUCCAUAUACAGGAGACUAUAAGGACUUACAAGUUUGUCCUUAUAUCACAAAGGGUCAAAAUACCUGUAAAGAAAAUCAAUACAUUGCUGGGUCAAAAUCAAAGCCAAAAUCACAAAUACUCUGUGUCUCAUUUAUCCCAAUUAUCCAAGCAAUGUUCUCAAACAAAGAGUCAUCACAAAUGCUAAGAUACAGGGAUAAAUGA